AUGGCCCAGGAUAGCUUUUCAAAGGACGGUUUCAUCAUUGCUUUCACGUUUUCAAUGCUCAUUAACCUAUUCGGCAACAUUCUCGUCUGCCUGGCGGUUCUGGCAUUUCGAGACAUGCGCAUUCCAAUGAAUUAUCUUCUGGUAAAUCUUGCCGUCAGUGAUAUGAUGGUUGCAGUCUUUAUGUCUCCGAGGUUCGUCUUCAGCCGGACGAUGAACCACCCUAGGGGGACUCUCGGUGAUUACCUGUGUAAGAUCCUUACCGGAGAUUCUUUCACCUGGACAGGUGCACUGGCUUCAGACUUCACUCUCGUCUGCAUCGCAGUUGAGCGAUAUCUUGCCAUCAACUUCCCCUAUAGUGAGACAAAGAGGCUGACAACUAAAAAGCUUAGAUUCGUCAUUCCACUUUGCUGGAUCUUUGCUAUCGGCGUCAACCUACCGCCGUUUAUGUACCUCAAGUACGACGAGAACUCUGGAAGCUGUGUCCCUUUCUGGCCAACACCAAACUUUAUGAAAUACCACAGCGUCAUUAACGGCCAGAUAUUCUUUGUCUUCCCUGCACUGAUUAUGGGGGUGCUCUACGCUCUCCUAAUUUAUCAACUCUGGUUCAGAAACACAGCUGCAACCACGUCUGUGUCUCAACAAGCAGUGCUCAAAAAUAGACGUCACUCCACCAAGAUGGUGAUCACAGUGAGUUUGAUCUAUUGUAUCUGUUGGUUUCCAAACUGUUUUGCUUACAUCUACGUGGCCUUCUCGGCUAAGCAGUUGUUCGGGGAGGUACACACUGCAUCGGUGUUGAUGGUUUCUUUCAACUCCGCUGUCAACCCUGUGAUUUACAGCUUGCAGAGCCAUCGAUUCCGCCGCCAUAUAGCAGCGCUGUUGAAAAGAUGCCGUCGCAACAAAGUUGGUGUUCAUUACAAAACUACAGAAACAAACACUGUUCAAACCUCUACAACGUAG